UAUUAUUGGAGUGCGGUCCAUGUUGUCUCCAAUAAUUCAGGACUUUGAAGUCAGCGGAGUAGCAAAGAUCUAUUUUUGUUGCUCAUUCGAAUCAAGACUCUUUCAUUCCUACAAUCCCUUCUCUCUUGUGAAUUGGGGAUCGGUUUCGUGAAAUAAGGCUCUGUUCUAAAAUAUAUCCAAUGGAGGGUGCAGCAGCGCUAGCAGUCGGAGGAUGGCUAGCCAAGCCUGUCAUCAGGAUGCUUGUCGACAGGGUGUCCACAUCGUCGCUGAGAGGAAAGCUGCACGGCCUUCAGGACGAUGACUUGCAGAAGCUACAAAGAUCUCUGCUUAACAUCCACACGAUCGUCGACAAAGCAGGGAUGCGAUGGAGCAGGGACGCAAGGUUAGUCGAGAUGAUGAAGCAACUCCAAGAUGCCGCAUACGACGCCGAAGACUUCCUCGAUUACCUGACGUUCCAUGGCAUGAAGCAAAAGAUUAAAGAAGAGGCAAGUCACAUGGCGGGUAACCGCAUUUCUAGAGCUAUUAGGAACGCCAAAGCUAAAUUGUUCAGUGAUUCUGUCAAAAGACUGAACAAGAUCCAGAAAAAGUUGGAUUGUAUUUAUGCUGACAUGAAGGAAAUGUGCCAAUUAUUACAAGCGGAUGCAUCUGAUGGGCAGUAUCAAUCUGAUUUGGCGUCGGCCACACGAGAAACAAGCUCUUUCUUGAUCAGCAAAGUGCUUGGCAGAGAGGAAGAACAAAAGAGAAUAAUAGAGCUAUUACUAAGAUCAACAGACGAGUCAGCAUCAGCAAGUGACAAGGGCAGUAGCUUCUCGGUCAUACCUCUUGUCGGAAUAGGAGGAGUUGGGAAGACUACUCUGGCUCAGCUUGUUUACAAGGAUAAAGAGAUUCAGAACCAUUUCGCCCUCAAGAUUUGGAUUUGUGUGUCCGAGAAUUUUAAUGUGCAAAGACUCACCAAGGAGAUCAUCGAGUCUGUAACCAAGACUGAACAUUCUUCGCAAAUGAAGUUAGAUGUUCUCCAAAACAUUCUGAAAGAGAAAAUUGCGUCUAAGAUGAUUCUGUUAGUCCUCGACGAUGUAUGGAAUGAAGACGAGGAGGAGUGGAGAAAGUUGUGUGCACCAUUCGAGGAUGCUCCUGCAGGAAGCAAGGUCAUAGUGACAACUCGGAGCAAGAGCAUUGCUGACAAAAUUGGUACAGUGGAGGCGAUUGUUCUUGGCGAUUUAGAUAAAAUAUCAUUUUGGGAGCUGUUCAAGAAAUGUGCAUUUGGUCCUUCCAAACCUGAGGAGUACCCAGAACUUGAGGAAAUCGGGAGAAUUAUAGCUUCAAAGUUGAAGGGCUUGCCACUAGCAGCAAAAACAGUGGGAAACUUGUUAGGAUCCAACAUGAACCCACACUACUGGAGAAGUAUAAUGAAGAGCGAGGUAUGGGAAUUGCAACAGAAUAAAAAUGAUAUUAUUCCAGUCCUACAACUGAGCUAUCAAUAUCUUAGUGCACCUCUCAAGCGGUGUUUUGCCUUCUGUUCCCUCUUUCAAAAGGAUUACAAGUUUUCUGAAAUUGAAUUAACAAGAAUGUGGAUGGCCGAAGGGUUCGUUGUAGCUCAAGGAAAUCAAAGAAUAGAAGAUGUAGCAAGUAAGUACUUGCAUGAGUUGGUCAACAUGUCUUUGUUUCAACAAGAAACAUCAUCAUCAUCGGAGCAUUAUUUCGUGAUGCAUGACCUCAUACAUGAUCUAACACUGUCGGUUUCUGUGGACGAAACAAGUAGGAUGAAUGAUGGCAAGUCCAAUAAGAUAUCAACCACCCUCCGUCAUGUAGCACUUGAAACAGAGUUCGUAGAGAUAAAAUAUUUGAGGUCUAGAUUCAAGAAAUUGCAUUCUCUAUUCUUUAGAUGCCUACUUUUAAAGUCACCACCCAUUGACUUUAUCAAAAAAUUAAGAAGCAUUCGUGUAUUGGUUUUGUCUCGUUGUGGCUUGCGGAUGCUGCCUACUAGUAUUGGUGAAUUGGUACAUCUCCGGUACCUGGACAUUUCUUACAAUGGAAUAAAAAAAUUGCCUGAAUCCCUGUGUGAACUCUACAAUUUGCAAACACUGAUAGCAAAAGACAAUUCACUAAUCUCUCUUCCAGAAGAUAUUAGUGAACUCUACAAUUUGGAAACACUGAUAGACAAUUCACUAAUCUCUCUUCCAGAAGAUAUAAGUAGUGGACUCUACAAUUUGCAAACACCGAUAGCAAAAGGCAAGCCACUAAUCUCUCUUCCAGAAGAUAUAAGUCAGCUAAUUAAUUUGAGGCAUAUUGAUGUUGAAAAUGAAGUAGCUGUAAAGAUAAAAAUGAUAGGAAGGCUAACCUCUCUUCAAGAAUUGUCUGAAUUUCAAGUGCGAAAGGAAGUUGGAUUCAAGAUCACAGAGCUAAGUGGUUUGAAGCAGCUUCAUGGAAAACUCAAAAUUACUAAUCUGGAGAAUGUUGAAACUAAAGAAGAGGCUGAAAAUGCUCAAAUGAAGAACAAAGAGUACCUUGAUGCUCUAGAGUUGGAAUGGGAAUCUGAUCCCAAGUUGGAGAACAAGUUAGUUGCCACGGAGGAGGUGCUUGAAGGGCUCCAACCACAUGAGUCGCUAAAACGAUUAAAGAUCAGUAGGUAUUAUGGUGUCAGAUCACCCAGCUGGUUGAAAAAGGAGGAGCUAUCCAACUUGGAAAGACUUGAGUUGAGUCACUGUGAGAGUUGGAAAGAUAUUUCCUGCACUGCAUUGCUGCCGCACCUCAAGGUCUUCCACAUAGAGAGCAUGUGCUUCUCGAAAUCAUGUUUUGAGGUAUGUGGUUCUAGAGAGAGCAAAUUAUUUCCUAUGCUAGAAGAGCUACAGUUGACGAACACCAAUGUAUCGGAAGAAUUUCUCAAUCUUGGACGAUCUCCUUGUCUGAGGGUCGUUCGAAUGACAAAAAUAGAGUCAUUGAAACACAUUGAUUUUGCAGCAUCUUGUGCCAUGGAAAAUUCCUUGUUUCCUAUGCUAGAAGAGUUGGAGUUGAAGCACAUGGCUGCGUUGGAAGAGUUAUCCACUCUAGGACAUUUUCCACUUCUCAGGGUUCUUCGCAUGAUAGAAAUGAGGUCAUUGAAAUACAUUGAUUUUGCAGCAUCCGGUGCCAUAGAAAAUUCCUUGUUUCCUAUGCUAGAAGAGCUGGAGUUGAGGAACCUGCAUGCGUUGGAAGAGUUCUCCAGUCCUGGACAUUUUCCACUUCUCAGGGUUUUUCGCAUGAUAGAAAUGAGGUCAUUAAAACACAUUGAUUUUGCAGCAUCCGGUGCCAUAGAAAAUUCCUUGUUUCCUAUGCUAGAAGAGUUGGAGUUGAGAUACAUACCUACGUUGGAAGAGUUCUCCGGCCUAGGACAUUUUCCACUUCUCAGGGUUCUUCGCAUGAUAGAAAUGAGGUCAUUGAAACACAUUGAUUUUGCAGCAUCCGAUGCCAUUGAAAAUUCCUUGUUUCCUAUGCUAGAAGAGUUGCAUUUGAAGGGCAUGCACACGUUGGAAGAGUUCUCCAAUCUAGGACAUUUUUCGCGUCUCAGGGUUCUUCGCAUGAUAGAAAUGAGGUUAUUGAAACACAUUGAUUUUACAGCAUCCGGUGCCAUAAAAAAUUCUUUGUUUCCUAUGCUAGAAGAGUUGGAUUUGAGGAACCUGCAUGCGUUGGAAGAGUUCUCCGGUCUAGGACAUUUUCCACGUCUCAAGGUUCUUCGCGUGAUACAAAUGCAGUUGUUGAAACGCAUUGGUUUUGCAUCAGUUCAUGCCACAGAAAAUGAACUGUUCCCUGUGCUAGAAGUGCUAGAACUGAUGGAGUUGCCAGUUUUAGAUGAGCUUUCUGAUCUUGGUUCACUUCCAUGUCUCAGGUCUCUCUGCAUGACAAGGAUGCCUAUGGUAAAACAUAUUGAUUUUGCUUUCCGCGGUGCUACAGAAAAAGUACUACUUCCAAGGAUGGAGACGCUAGUAUUGCAUGACCUGGAGGCACUGGAGGAGCUUCCUAGUAAUCUUGGACGACUUCCAUGUCUUGAGGUUCUUAAAAUUGUAAAUAUACCAGCAGUGAAACAGAUAGGUCAUGGGUUCUUUAGCACUGAAGCUAUAUCCAAGUGUUUUCUUAGCUUGAAAAAUCUCUUCAUCAACCACAUGCCGGCAUGUGAAGGAUGGUGUUGGAUUGACGGCAGCGAGCUAUUUCCGAGCUUACGAAGACUUGCUAUCUAUAGAUGCCCUAAGCUCGAGAGGUUACCUCCUCUCCCUCCUUCGCUUACAAAUUUAGUACUCUAUGCAGUUGGGUUAACAGAGCUGCCAAGCCUACGGGAACUAGAAACAAAUGGAACCGGAGGCAAUCAAACGACAUCAUCUCUCUCAAAGUUACAAAUCAGUAAAUGCAACAAUUUGACAAGCUUAGAAGAAGGGUUGCUAUUGCAGAAUCUAUCAAAUAUCGAAGUCAUUUAUGUAGUAGGAUGUAAUGAACUCAUGCGGAUGCCUCUCAAGAGAUUUGAAAACUUCACUUCGCUCAAGGAAUUACAGAUAAGAGCUUGUCCCAACCUUAGCCUGACACAAGAAGAGGAAGCCGCCCUCCUUCCACCCUCCGUCAAACGUUUAAUAUUGCUCGACUGAACGUCUUUUAUAUCUGUCGGGCCAGCACUAGGGGCCGUUAGGGUAGUGGGGCGAUCUCGGCAAAUUGUGGCGUGGCAACCGCUACCGCUUGAUCUGAUGACUUUGUUGGUCUUCCUCUAACCGAUCCUAACCGUCCGUCUUCAAUAUCACACAAAUUUUCUAGGUUCAGAUCACAUAAUAUUCUUGGUCUGACCGUUCGUGUCAACCGACCAAUCCGCCCCACAAGGUUCGGCGACUCGGUUACAAAGCCAAGCAGGGAUAUGUCAUUUAUUGUGUCUGAGUUAGAUGUGGUGGGAGAAAGAGGCCACAGCCAAGGGUAACGUCCAUGACAAGUCCAAGUCAGCGUAUUCCCCAACUUAAAUUCCUAAAAAGAGGAGCUGGAAGGAAUUUGGUUGGGCUGAGGAUUCAACUUUCAAGUAUUAUAAAGUUAUCCUUGUCAAUGCUGCUCAUAGUGCAAUUGGGAAUGACCCUGGGAUCAACCUAGGGUGUGCACAAACAUAGGGGGAGCUCCAUGAUCUCACUUCUGCUGGCAAUAAGUAUUGUGGCCUUUGUGGCAAAGGUCAUCGUCAUCACAAGGCGAGGCCAUCUCGGAAGAGGAAUCAGGCAUUGUCUCUCCACGGAUAUCUUUUACUUCCUUGUUUGGCUGUUAUUAGUGAACUUGAUGACGAACUGAAGCUAUUUCUACUAUUUUAAUAUUUUCCCAGUUUGCUUGCUUGAUAAAACUUCAAACUCGUAAACAUGUUUUCAGAGUCAUGCGAUUCAUUCAUACAA